AUGAAGAUCGUAUUCUUUUUCAUACUCCUCUCUCUGCUUAGUAGUCUUUGUUUUGCAUUAAAACAGUCUUACGUUGUAUACUUUGGAGCACAUAAUCAUGGUCCUGAAGUUUCAUUAGAAGAUUUGGAACAAGUACAAAAUUCUCAUCAUAAUUUUCUUGCUUCAUAUCUUGGGAGCUACGAGGAAGCUAAGGACGCUAUAUUUUAUUCAUAUAAAAGACACAUUAAUGGAUUUGCGGCCAUUCUUGAUGAAAAACAUGCAGCAGAAAUUGCAAAUGAUGGAGAUGUUGUUUCUGUAUUCCCCAAUCGAGGAAGGAUGUUACAUACGUCACACUCUUGGGAUUUCAUGCUUUUAGAAAAGAAUGGUGUAAUUAACAAGAAUUCUAUUUGGAAAAGAACCAGAUUUGGAGAAGAUACAAUCAUUGCUAACCUUGAUACUGGUGUUUGGCCAGAAUCAAAGAGCUUUAGUGAUGAAGGAUAUGGACCGGUUCCAGCCAGAUGGAAAGGUGGUUGCGAGCACCGCAAUGGUGGUGUUCGUUGCAAUAGAAAGCUGAUAGGGGCAAGACACUUCAAGAAGGGAUACAUAGCAGCAGGAAAUAAAGUAAAAAAUUCUACAGACUCUCCAAGAGAUUUUGAAGGGCAUGGAAGUCACACUCUAUCAACUGCAGGAGGAAACUUUGUUCCAGAAGCAACAAUCUUAGGUUACGUUAAUGGAACUGUUAAAGGUGGUUCACCUAAAGCUAGACUUGCUGCUUACAAAGUUUGCUGGCCUGGUGGUGCUACUGGUGGAUGUUUCGAUGCUGAUAUAAUGGCGGCCUUUGAUAUGGCAAUUCAUGAUGGUGUUGACGUUAUAUCUCUUUCUGUUGGUGGUGAUCCAAUUGAUUAUGUUAAUGAUGGAAUUGCCAUUGGAGCUUUUCAUGCUGUUCAAAAGGGUAUUGUUGUUGUUUGUUCUGCUGGUAAUUCUGGUCCCACUCAAGGUACCGUCACUAAUGUUGCACCAUGGAUGCUUACUGUUGCUGCUUCCACUAUUGAUCGGGAGUUCCGAGCUUUUGUUGUACUUCGUAAUGGGAAACGUCUUAAGGGUUCGAGCUUAUCAGGUCGACUGCCACAAGAUAGGCUAUAUCCACUCAUAUCAGCAACUCGGGCAAAAGCUUCCAAUGCAUCUAUUCAAGACGCUUUGUUGUGCAAACCAGGCACAUUGGAUAAAAGCAAAGUACAAGGAAAAAUCUUAGUAUGUGUUAGAGGACAAACAGAUAGAGUUGACAAAGGUAGGCAAGCGUUGUUAGCUGGAGCUGUUGGUAUGAUCUUAUGCAACGAUGAAUCCGGUGGCAAUGAGAUUAUCGCGGAUCUUCAUGUUCUUCCUGCAUCUCAUCUUACCUUUAAGGAUUGCAAAAAUGUUUUUGCAUACAUCAACUCCACCAAGGAUGCAUAUGGUUUUAUAACACACCCAACAACAGAAAUAGGUACCAAGCCUGCUCCUUAUAUGGCUGCUUUCUCCUCCAAAGGUCCCAACACUAUCACACCAGAAAUUCUUAAACCUGAUAUAACAGCACCAGGAGUGAAUAUAAUGGCAGCAUAUUCAGAAGCAGCAAACCCAACAGAGGAAGCCUGGGAUAAGCGCAGAGCUUCAUACAUGGUAGUCUCUGGUACAUCUAUGUCUUGCCCCCAUAUUUCUGGGGUUGUUGGCCUCCUCAAAACCCUUCACCCUACUUGGAGUGUUGCCGCUAUCAGAUCCGCUAUUAUGACAACCGCAAGAACAAGAGACAACACAAUGCAUCCAAUGAUGAAUUCAUCCUACAUUAAAUCUAAUCCAUUUGAGUACGGAGCAGGACAUGUUCGACCAAACAGAGCCAUGAACCCCGGCCUAAUCUAUGACUUAACCACAUCUGAUUACUUAAACUUCCUAUGUGCACUAGGCUAUAACAAUACAUUAAUGAGUUCCUUUGAUGCUUCCCACAAAUGUACUUCAUCAAAAUCAUCCCAAGCUCUUGUCAAAAUGAAUUAUCCUUCAAUUACAGUGCCUAAACUUUCUGGGUCCAUCACACUCACUAGGACAGUUACAAAUGUGGGCAAACCCGGAACUUAUAGUGUACGUGUACGACAACCAGUGGGCGUUGAGAUUAGUGUGUCACCAACGGAGAUGAAGUUUAAGAAAUAUGGUGAAAAGAAGAGGUUUAAGAUGAAUUUGAAGGUUAAAAAUGAUGGAUUGAGGUUGAGUAAAGGGUAUGAAUUUGGAGAGUUGUUGUGGUCUGAUGGAAAGCAUUAUGUUAGGAGCCCUAUUGUAGUUGAUGUUGCUCAUUAAAAAAAUUUUAUUUUUCUUUAGCAUUAGAACUUAUAGAUUAAAUAGGAAGUAGUAUUUUCUUAGAACUUUUACUGGUAUAUUUUCUUUGUUUUUGGAUUGUUAGUUUUAGUUCCUAU